AUGCUCUCUGCUGAAUCGAGCGCUCCUAUUCGUGUUCUCUACAGACCAGGCUCGGACAUCAGUAACGUCCCCAGUCAUGUAGAAAAAGUCGAAGUGGACCUAGAGGAUCAAGACGCAGUCAGGAAAUCACUUCAAGAUAUCGAUAUCCUCAUAUCCCUUGUUGGUCAAUCAGGCGUGAAGCUGCAGCAUGCUUUUGUUGAAGCGCUUCCCCACACCAGCGUCAAGCUAUUUGUACCUUCCAAUCUAGCAUUUCGCUGUGAUGAACAAGGUCUGCGAGUGCCCGUCAACAGAGAGAAAAACAAGGUUGAGAAGGCUGCCUCCGCAGCUGGAAUCCCCAUGACGAUUGUCUUGCCAGGUCUUUUCGCAGAGUCUGCAUUGAAUGCUCCAUUACUUGGAAUCGAUCUGAUUAAGAAUUGUGUCGCUUUCCCUGGUGAUGGCGAACACCAAAAGAUGAACAUUUGUACCCGCCAGUAUAUCGCAGCUUCAUAUGCGUCCAUCUUCGCCCGAACACCUGUAUCUGAGCUUCAAGGCCGGGUAAUCAGUCUCUCAGAGAUACAACCCACAGGCACUGAGAUUGCAAGUGCUCUUGAAGCUAGAAAUGGCUCUUCGCCACAGAUCUUCCAUCAUACUCUCGAACAGGUAGAUAAUCAUAACCAAAAGACCCUGGAUGAAGGUGCCCCGUUGACGCUGGUCUGGUACGGUCGUCGUGUUUGGGGUGCAGGUGGAUACGAGGCGGCGAUCGGGAACGACAUUUGGGAGGUUGAGGGAUAUAAGAAGAAGACUUUGAAUGAGUUGUUUUCAAAUGGCGGAUUGGAGCCUUAUCGUGACUUUCCAGCAGAGCUUCUUGAACUUUUGGAGAAGACCUUUUAUUAA